GGUUUUCAAACGAAGGAAGACCAAGAGAAUCUGCUUCAUCGUGUCUGGUCAGAAGACCCCCACCCAAAUGUGCUGGAAUACCUUAUUCCAAAGUGUCCACGCGUUUCACAAUACCCAAUCAUGGAGAAUACCUGCUAUGAACCUCAACCGGGGAUAAUUACAAAGUUGCUGCCUCAGCUUGUGAAAUUGGAUCUCACCGUCAGCUUGGAACUACCUGGGCUGGACGAAUGGCAGAAUUUCCCAGAAGCAUUGGGGGCAUCCCAUUGCCUGGAAGAGCUCACUUUGCGAUUUGGGACGCGGCUGGCUCCAGUCUGGGACGACCAAGUUCCCACGUCUGUUGCGGAGUGGGCUUGGGCUGCUAUGUACACCGCCAUUGGUUCCGUUCCAACUCUCAAGAAGCUGUGGUUGUCAAAAGAGCUCGAUCUGCCCAAGAGCAAUGAUGGUAUCACAGCGGCAGUAGUGAAAAUCUUGGGACGGAACACGUUGGAUUCUUUGACUUUGAAGGGCUUUCGUGUUGACCUUGAUGUCAUUAUUGCAGCUCUCAUGCAGUCUGCGGCUCCGAGUAAGGUCAAUUUCCUGAAGUCUUGAAGUCCUGAAGUCAGGACCCCUAAGUCUUCCACCAGUCCCACUUAAUCCCACUUCAGGAAAUUAACCC